AUGAAAGAAUACAAACACCCGAUAGUCUUGAUCCUUGAUCAAGUAGACUGCAUUGCUAAAAAGGACCCAAAGUUUCUUGAAAUACUUCAAGAUUUUGUGAAAGACUGUGCAGAUAAAGGCUUCCUUGUCAUUAUAUUUAUCACAAGUGAAGGCUUUAUUCCGCAAAUUAUGAAAUGUAGAGAUGCAAUGAUUCCUUUUGAAGUUGGUAAUAUCUCAGAUAAAAAAGCUGUGAAAUUUUUGCAGAAUUUUGGCAUUGAUCAAAAAAAUGCCAAAGUUUUAGUAAAAUAUCUAGCAAGUGAACGGUUUACAUUAUUGAUGGAACUCCAAGCACAAUAUCAAGUCAAUUUUAAAAUUUUAUUUGAAGAAUUCAAGAAACAGCUGUUCGCACAAAUUAAGAUAAAUUUGGGCAUGUUGGGAAUUCCUAAAAACCAUAAAUUUUUCAUAAAGCUUAUCGAAGUAGGUCAUAUUGACAUCAAGCAAGCUGAGACCAUUAUAUCACUCAACAUGAUUCAUAAACUUGUUGAGGCUAAUAUUCUCAAAGAACAUAAAGACUACACAGUGUUCUUUCAUUCACGUUAUAUUGACACUUACUUUAAAGAGGUAAUUCUUUCCAAUAUUGUAAUUUGA